GAUGGAGCCCUUCCAGUUAGAUCUAGUUUUCAGGAACCAGGGCUGCUUUGGGAGGAACGGGAUUGCCAAACAGGACCUUGAGCAAGCAGCAGCUCCCCCCCAGGAGCCUCCCGCUCUGCCUGGGGUCCCAGGCCUGCACCUGCCGCAGGAAGUCGCCGGGCCGAUAGGUGGCGCCCCGCGUCCGUGCAAAGGCUUUCUCGCGUCCCUGCGCCCCGCGGCACCUGCGCCUUCCAGGGUCCGAGCGCCCACAGCCGCCUUGUCAUCAGCUCCGCCUGCUCCAGGGUCCAGAGGCGCAGAGUCACCAAACCAGGCAGAGGCGCCUCUGCAGUCUCCCUGUCCAGCCUGGUCGCCCCCAAACUGGAGACCCCACAGCCUGGCAACUACUAAAAAAAAAGAAAAGAAAAGAAAAAAGGAAGAAAGAAAAAGAAAAAGAAAGAAAGAAAAAGAAAAGAAAAAAAGAAACGAGCUCCGCUCUUUCCUCCAUCCCAUUCCUCACUUGUUUGUAAUUUAUUUUUAUUUUAUUCAUUUUUUUCCCCCUUAAGACAAACUGUGUCUCCUUCUCUCAUUAUGAAAGUGCUCAAGAAGGAGUCUUGGAGGGAGUUCGGGAAAGAAAAAGAAGGAUCGCCAAGCAGAGGGGCGAGUGGCGCUUCCCGGGGCGCUUAGUCUGCACAGGCUUCAGCUGCCGCGUCCAGCAGGGGUUCGCACCCAGGGUUUCGGUGAGAGCGGGAGCUCAAGGAAUCUGAGAUCCGCUCUGGCAAGGUGCGCCCAGGUGCAUAUGGCUGCGGGGUGAAGAAAGCGCUGGUCCCUAGCUUGGUUACUCGCACCCCGGACUGGGACAUCCCGGCUUCCUUCCUUCCCUCCUUCCUAGUGAAGUGCGCUCCAGAAACCACUCGGAGGCCAGCAGAGCUGCUCGCUCGCCAUGGACCUGCCAGGUGCAGUGGCGCCCCACUUCUGAGGACCAGCCUGGCCUUGCCCGUCGGAGCUGGGCUCCCAGGCCCUUCAAGGAGGAGCAGGAGGCAGCUGACAGCCCGGAGCCCCCGCCUGCCUGCGUCCUGGCCUGGAUGGCCACCUCUGGCCCCCAGCUGAGCAUGGCCGGGAGCCCGGGGGAGCUGCGCCUGGGGGCUGCAUUGGUGCUGCUGCUGCUGCUGCUGCCCGCGGGCUGCCCAGUGCGGGCGCAGAACGACACGGAGCCCAUCGUGCUGGAGGGCAAGUGCCUGGUGGUGUGCGACUCCAGCCCCUCAGCCGAUGGCGCCGUCACCUCCUCGCUGGGCAUCUCCGUGCGGUCUGGCAGCGCCAAGGUGGCCUUCUCCGCCACCCGCAGCACCAACCACGAGCCCUCUGAGAUGAGCAACCGCACCAUGACCAUCUACUUCGACCAGGUUUUAGUCAAUAUUGGCAACCAUUUCGAUCUGGCCUCCAGUAUCUUUGUAGCCCCUCGGAAAGGGAUUUAUAGCUUCAGUUUCCACGUGGUCAAAGUGUACAACAGACAAACCAUCCAGGUGAGUUUAAUGCAGAAUGGCUACCCGGUGAUCUCAGCCUUCGCAGGGGACCAGGACGUCACCAGAGAAGCAGCCAGCAAUGGUGUCCUGCUGCUGAUGGAAAGGGAAGAUAAAGUGCACCUCAAACUGGAGAGAGGCAACCUCAUGGGAGGCUGGAAAUACUCCACCUUCUCUGGCUUCUUGGUGUUUCCUCUAUAGACACAGGGCUUCAACCCCACCCCCCAACUCCUCCAGAUGGUGGAAAUUUUGCAAUGCGGACCCUGGAAACUGCUCUUCCCAACACCCCUAAACUGGCAGAAUAAGUGGCAGAAAUCACUCCUGUUUCCAGUCUUGUCAGACUGCUGUGGUCCAGGGGCCAUCUCCGUUGCAACCUCCAGUAUCUUCUCUGACAUAUCCAAGAUUCCCGUGGAGCCUCGCCCCUUGUUCCAUUCACUGCAGCCCAGGACUUCUUUGGGAGGAAUGCAAUUCUCCAUUCAAGCAAUGUGUACCCGUGAUUGUAACGUUGGUUUCAGAUUUUGCCGUGAGGACAGCUGACUUUUCUUCUUUGGUUUGGACCUUGUGUCGUGAGCUUGUGUAAGGAGCUGCUGAACCAGGAUGGAGAAUGGCUGGCAGUUGGGGCAGAAAAGCCAGACUCCUUCAAGCUGCCGUCAGCCAGCCAGCCCUUGAAAUGUGUUCUCUGUGUCUGUACAGCCUUAAGGAAAACCAUGACUUCGCCUACAUUCUGUAUUUCCCCCUGGGUGGAUGAAUGGGAGGACUUGGGAGGGGUCCAGUGGGGGGGGGGCAUUGUGAAUCUGUCAAGAAGUGCUUUACCCAGAGAAGCAAAUUUUGCACGAUGAUGAGACUGCAACUUUUGUUUUGUAUUGUUUAUUGUUUGCAUUCUGUUUUAUUGAGAAGGAUUUCCCCCCCUUUCCACACUGAUCUUCCCCCACUCUCAUAUUCCUGUUUUUUUCCCUCUUUUUUUCUUCCUUUCAUUCUUUUUUUUCUUUUUAUUGUGUGUGUGUGUGUGUGUGUGUGUGUGUGUGUGUGUGUGAUGGGGUGGGAGAGAGAAAACAGAUGUUGAGUUCCUGGAUGAGACCAAACAACACAAAACAAAAGGGUCCUGUGUGUUUUUGGUGUGGGAAGAGAACAUAUCCAACAGCAAGGAGCUGGGCAUCACAGUGACAUUGACCAACUGCUGGCCAGCGCUGCUGCUUCUUUCAGAGAUGCCUGCAGUGCACCUUGACAACUAACCACCUGGAUCUGGGGUUUCCAAUCCACUGCCUGGAAUACUUUAAGGUCCUGCCAUUUCCAGGGCCCUGAAUCAUAUCAGGUGAGAAGGAUAACCGUGAUGACCAAGUCUUCUGUUACCUGGUUUCUUAACUGAAUGUGCCUGAGUUAAGUCCUGGUGGUGUGUUUUCAUGGAUCUGGAUCCACCUUGACUGAGCACAUCAAAGAUGUCCAUCAAAGAUCACAGGGCCAGUACCACCUCCUCCAGCAGGGUACCCUCCUCUCUUGUGCUAAAGAAAGACUUCCUCUUUCCUUGCUGAGGGUCCCCUGCCCACACCUGGCAGAAAGUCUCUUGGGAGUGGUAGAAGCCCUCUCAUUGGAAGGGAGGAGUAAGCAAUCUUACAAAUCCUUCCUGGCCUGGCAUCAGUCUCCAGCAUUUGGAAAAACAGAGCUGAGAGUUGACAGCUGCAAGAUUCUAUCUGAAUUCUACCUGAAUUCCCAGGAAAUGUCACUAAUCCCAAAGCAAUCAAAGAAGACACCUCAAACCGGAUGUUAAUUUGUCCUUUGUGUAACAAUGUAACCAAAAUAUUGAUGAUACACAGUUAUAAUUUAAGAUUCAGAAUAAAUGGGUUCGAUGUCUG